AUGUCUCACCAAAGCCAACGUCCUCAUCAUCCUGAAAGAUCCCUCCCAUCUUCUUCGUCCCCAAAACAUGGUUUCCAAUACAAUCCAAACAUGUCAUCAAAAUAUUAUUAACAAAAAUCAAACGUCAACGACAUAAACAGUCACCAGCACUAGCUAGAAGCAGAGCAGUAGUUGCCGCCUUUCCUUUUCCACCAAGCUAAUUAGGUCCUUCUCCCACCAAGACUCGUUUGAAUGAGUUCAAAGCCUCGUUAUUAAAAAUUGUACCACCACCCAUCUUGGUUUUAUGCUUCGAGGCGGUCGAGAGGGCUCGAGCGCGCUAAGCUGCAGUGAGGUUUUGAUAAUGUCUAGCCCAAGAAGCUUGUCUGUUCGCACACCAUCUGAGAUUAGAAAGAAGAAGGUCGGUGGGCAGAGAAACCAAGAGGAGCUUGAAAGAGAGGUCUCUUUGCUUCAAAGAUUGUUAAAUCAAGAAGAGAAAGUACAUGAGGUUUUGGACUAUGCCUACAGUCGGAAAACUUCCGAGUCUGCUUCUGCUAUUCGAAUUCCAAGAUUCCUUCCCCAGAAGACGAAGGAACUUUUAGCAGAGUUGGCUAUCGUUGAAGGAGAAAUUUCUCGACUUGAAGACCAAAUCAGACAACUUAAACUAGGACUGCAACAGGAAGAACAAGCUACUAAGGAAUCAAAGGCUCGACAAUGGCAACAUGAUGAAAACCUAAGCCAUAUGAACAGAGGUGUUCAUCAUGAGAGAAAAGGAUAUGAAACCAAGGCAUUGCAUUUCAUAAGUAAAGCUAUAAAGGGUGAUUAUGAACUUAAUAAUGAACUCAAUUUAAAUGAGAAAAUGGAAAACUUGAGAAGUUUUUCUGAUCAGAAAGAAAAUUACUUCUAUGAGGAGGUUAGACUUCAGUCUAAGGUUCCAAGGAAAGGCGGAUUGUUAAGAACACCCUCACCCUUGCGAACUCUGAGACAUCCAUCAGCACCAAAGCUGAGAGAAGUUAAACCAGGCAUUUCUUCAGAUCAUCUCCCACCAAAACCUGUACCAAUUCCAACACAAUUAGAAGAGAACAACCAGAUUUGGCAACCAAACAAGCUCUCAGAGGAAAUUUUGAAGUGUCUCAACCUCAUUUAUGUUAGGCUGCUUAGAACAACCAGAACAAUGGAAUUGGAGAAAUCAGGCCCCAUUUCCAGGUCUUUGCACUCUUCUGUUGUAACCUCAAGGAGCUUCAGGGAUGAUACCAGCCUAACCUCCAAGUCAAGCCUUCUGUUACAGAAGGAAUCAAGGCAACAAGACCCUUAUGGUAUCUUCAAUGUGGAAGACUCUAUUCCUAGGGAUAUUGGCCCUUACAAGAACUUGGUUGUUUUUACCUCAAAUUCUAUGGACCCAAGAUCUAUUUCAGCAUCGAACUCUAUUCCUUUACUAAAAAAGUUGAGGGUAUUGCUGAACAAUCUCCUGGUUGUGAAUUUGGGGUCCUUGGCAUACCAGCAGAAGUUAGCAUUCUGGAUCAACAUGUACAAUGCUUGUAUCAUGAAUGGCUUUCUCGAAUUUGGUGCGCAUCCUUCCGCAGACAAAUUACUUACAUUACUGAACAAGGCAACACUGAACAUAGGAGGUAAGAUUUUAAAUGCUCAAUCUAUUGAGCAUCAUAUACUGAGGAAACCAGCACCUUCAAUUUCGAUGAAAGAGGCUUUCCAGAAGGGUGAGAAUGAUGAUGAGGCCACUGUUCGCCAACUCUAUGGUCUUGAGUCCAUGGAUCCUAAUGUCACAUUUGCUCUGUGUUGUGGAACUCGUUCUUCUCCAGCAGUGAAGAUAUACACAGCUGAUAGUGUUGUAGCAGAGUUGGAGAAAUCAAAGUUGGAGUACUUGCAAGCAUCAAUUGUAGUGACCAGCACAAAGAAAAUUGGAUUCCCGGAACUGUUGCUCGGAAACAUGCUUGAUUUUGCUGUAGAUGUGGACUCACUAGUUCAGUGGGCGUGCCACCAGUUACCUACGUCUGGGUCUUUGAGAAAAUCAAUGGUGGAUUGCUUCAGGGGCCAUAAUGGCGGGAAGAUUUCUACAACCGUUGAGAAAAUGCCAUAUGAUUUUGAGUUUCAUUAUCUAUUGGCCAUGUGAUGAAGUCUAUUCUUGAUGUGGUCUUAACCAUAAAGGAUGAAAGUGUGCAUAUGAAUAAAGAGGAAUUGGAUUAUAUAUGAUAAUACAAGUUGUUUAUUGGAUUAGACAAAAAACCAAGGGAACCUUGUUGGAGUAGAAAAUGUCAAGUUGUUCAUGACAAUUGUAACCUGCAAGAUGAGAAUCUCUAAUUUUACUAAGAGGUUUUAUUAUUUACCCUAUAGAUCUUUGGUUUGAUUGUCAUACUCAUACACAAAAAAAUCCUUGUUAAGAGUAAUUUUAAUUGAUGUUUGACAUUUUCCUCUUUCU